CCUCGAAGCGAAACCUCCUCCCCCCCCCCGGCUCUUUUUUCGUUACGUCGACGGCGCAGCCUUUUGAUUCCUAUCAACCUACCGAGCGUUUCCCCCCUUCUGCUUUUUCCUCUGCUUUGCUUCGAGUGCCUCAAGAACUUGAUCUCUUCCCCAAGAACAAUUACGGUGCCUCGAGAAAUCGAUCGAUCGAUUCGAAUUGGUUCGCCUCUUUUAUCUUCGUUUCGGUUCGGAUCGGUCGGAGGCGGCGGAGAGAUGGCGGCGGCGGCGCUGUGGCAACCGCGGGAGGAGGGGCUCCGCGAGAUCUGCGGCCUCCUGGAACAGCAAAUCUCCCCCAACGGUGAUCAGGCCCGGAUUUGGCAGCAGCUCCAGCAGUACAACCGACUUGCCGAUUUCAAUAACUACCUCGUCUUCAUCCUCGCCCAUGCCGUGGGUAAAUCAUUGGAAGUACGACAAGCUGCUGGUUUGCUGUUGAAGAACAAUCUUAGGACAACUUUCAGUUCCUUGUCUUCUUCAUACCGGCAAUAUAUAAAGUCUGAGCUGUUGCCAUGUUUAGGGGCAUCAGAUAGGACAGUUCGCUCUACAGUUGGUACAGUUGUCAGUGUUCUUCUUCAGUUAGAGACAGUUGCUGGAUGGCCGGAGUUGUUAGAAGCUCUUGCUCAAUGCUUGGCCAGUAAUGAUUUUAAUCAUAUGGAAGGUGCCAUGGAUGCUAUAUACAAGAUUUGCGAGGACAUCCCAGAAGAGCUUGAUGUGGAUGUUCCUGGAUUAUCUGAACGCCCCAUCAAUAUUUUUGUGCCAAGAUUGCUGCAGUUUUUCCAGUCUCCACAUGCGAUAUUGAGGAAGUUGUCAUUGAGUUCUAUCAAUCAAUUUAUUGUAUUUAUGCCUACAGCCUUGUUUAUGUCCAUGGACCAAUACCUUCAGGGUCUAUUUCAUCUUGCUCAGGACCCUUCUGCAGAAGUGCGGAAAUUGGUUUGUUCUGCCUUUGUUCAACUGAUAGAAGUUCGACCAACCUUCUUGGAGCCCCAUUUGAGAAAUGUAAUUGAAUACCUCUUGCAAGCCAAUAAGGACCCUGAUGACGAAGUUGCUCUCGAGGCAUGUGAAUUUUGUUUCAUUUUACUUAUAAUGAUCUGACUUUUGCAGCAAAAAUCAUCAACUACAAGUGACUCUAGUUGGAAGGAGAGGGAAGCUGCUGUUUUGGCUAUUGGGGCCGUAGCAGAGGGAUGCAUUAAUGGAUUAUACCCCCAUAUUCCUGAGAUUGUGACAUUCCUCAUUCCACUUUUGGAUGAUAAAUUUCCACUUAUACGGAGUAUCACUUGUUGGACACUUUCUCGUUUUAGCAAGUUCAUCAUUCAGAAUAUUGGUCACAGAGAUGGUUAUGAACAAUUUGACAAAGUUCUAAUGGGAGUUCUGAGAAGAAUAUUGGAUUCCAACAAGCGAGUGCAAGAGGCUGCAUGUUCUGCUUUUGCAACACUUGAAGAGGAGGCUGCAGAGGAAUUGGCCCCACGUCUGGAAAUCAUUUUGCAGCAUUUGUUAUGUGCUUUUGGGAAAUAUCAGAGGCGGAACCUUCGAAUUCUUUAUGAUGCUAUCGGUACUCUAGCAGAUGCAGUCGGUUCAGAACUCAAUCAGCCAAAAUACCUUGACAUAUUGAUGCCUCCAUUAAUCGCUAAGUGGCAACAACUUGCAAACACUGACAAAGAUCUCUUUCCAUUGCUUGAGUGCUUUACAUCCAUUGCACAGGCUUUAGGACCAGCAUUUUCUCAAUUUGCUGAACCUGUAUUCCAAAGGUGCAUUAGUCUUAUUGAGAUUCAGCAAUUGGCCAAGGUUGAUCAUGUGACUGCUGGCGUCCAAUAUGAUAAGGAAUUCAUUGUCUGCUCAUUGGAUCUGUUAUCAGGCCUUGCAGAAGGUCUGGGCAGUGGGAUAGAGACCCUGGUUGCAAAAUCCAACUUGAGAGACCUGCUUCUGCAAUGCUGCAUGGAUCAGGCAACUGAUAUUCGGCAGAGUGCCCUUGCACUUCUUGGUGACCUUGCAAAAGUUUGUCCUGUGCACCUGCACCCUCGUAUUCCAGAUUUCCUAAGGGUUGCAGCUGAACAACUGAAUAUUACUGCAGUUAAGGAAGCUGUGUCGGUAGCAAACAAUGCUUGUUGGGCCAUUGGAGAAUUGGCUGUCCAGGUUCGUCAAGAAAUUGCUCCAGUGGUUUUGACAGUAAUAUCAUAUUUGGUCCCUAUUCUCCAAAAUGCAGAGGGUUUGAACAAGUCAUUGCGAGAAAAUAGCGCUAUCACCCUUGGGAGGCUUGGCUGGAUUUGUCCAGAACUUGUGGCACCACAUGUGGGACACUUUAUACAGCCAUGGUGCACUGCUUUAUGCAUGAUACGAGAUGAUUAUGAAAAGGAAGAUGCAUUUCGCGGGCUUUGUGCAAUUGUAAGAACAAAUCCUCAAGGUGCUGUGAAUUCACUUUCAUACUUGUGUAAAGCUGUUGCUAGUUGGCAUGAAAUACAGAGUGAGGACCUACACAAUGACAUUUGCCAAGUUCUGAACGGAUAUAAACAGAUGCUUCCGAAUGGAGCAUGGGAACAGUGCAUGUCAACUUUAGAACCUCCAGUGGUGCAGAGAUUGUCAAGAUUUCAAGUGUAACAUUACUGAAGGAGAACCUCCUUUUACUGGUUGUCGUACUCCUAUGUCGCAUGAGUGAGAUGGAUGAUAGUGUCUUGGUUGGAGGAAUGGUUAUAUGAAUUGUGGAAGGUUUACUUGUGCCAGUCCCAGAAAAGUUCCUUUGCGGAUAAAAUCAUACCAAGGCAAAAUGAGUCAGGUCAAAAUUGUUUUCUAUAUGAGGCCAAGGUGGGGUGUGUUUGGUUACCUUGAGAAACCAGAUUGAUCCUUUUGUCAUAUGCUCAUAACAAAUUUUUUUUAUAUUGUUUCAGUGGGCUCGUUUUUGCUUGUAACUCCACUGAUUUGUUCGAUGGCAUUCAUCGACUAGUCGAAAGGUUUUGUAAUUUAUAUGUGAUCGUUUCAUGUGUAACAGUGUUGGUUUUGUCGGUAGGGUUUGUAGCUAUUUUUGAACGAUUUGUCGGUGCGCUGUACUGCAGGCUUAUAGUGACUCCAUUUAAAUUUUGCUUGUACUUCA